CAAAUUUAUAAAUUGGAUAAUGUCGAACUAGUAAUAAAUAUUUUUGAUAAUUUUAGAUUAUGAUAAUUAAUUAAUGUUAUAAUGGACUCCUGUUUGGUAGACAUAACUAUAGAAUUUCUCGCAGUCGCUUUCCAUAGUAUUUUAUACUACACUUCAACAUACCCAGAAAGUAUUUUUGAAACAAAAAAGAAAUAUAACAUUGUCGUGUAUCGAUCAAUGCACCCUGAGCUUAACCAGUACAUUGAUUUGUGCUUAAAAAGUAUAGCAGAAUGUCUGAAAACUGGACAGUUAAAAAGAUUAGAGUUUGCAAUAACAGACAACACUUAUAAAUCUAUACUAAAAUUUAUUUUUGACUUCGACCACAUGGAUUUCUAUGAUGAAACUGCAGAUGCGUAUUUGAUUAAAACUGAGCAGAAUUUGCGCGCGUUUUGCCUUAAGUUAGCAACAUUAAGCAACAAAUUCACCAAUCUGCCUCAAGAUGGGAGCUUUACAAUUUAUAUUCAUACAAAUGAAUCAACAGCAGUCGCUAUGGCAUCUAAACCAGAUCUAGAAGAUUUUCCGUUAGUAGAAAUGGAUGACAAGUAUGAAGACUCUGAUAAAAUAUUACCAAUAAGAAGGUUUUCUGUUAGAAAUUGUUGUAUUGACACAUACAUUGAAUUUGCAAAAUAAGCAGCUACUUAUCUUAAGCUUUAAGGUAUAAUUUAUAGAAAUAAAUUAUUUUUAUACUAAAAAUUUCAGAUCAUUAUUAUUAGUCUAAUAACUGUUAAAUAAGCAAAUAUGGGAAAAAAUAAAUAACAUUUGUGAAUUGA